UGAACAAUGUCACAUGAUCUUCACGCGAGUUGAACAUCACAUGAUUCUUUGUUUUAAAUCCUCACUUUGCAAGUAGUGGACAUAGAAGAAGGAUGAAGGGUUUAGCGCUGUUACUUUUGGGGGUUAUUGUAUCCAUGUGCAAUGGACUUGAAAGGAUCAAAUUGCACAAGAUGAAAUCUGUAAGGCGUACUCUCCAUGAAGUUGGAACAUCAAUUGAAUCUCUUAGAUUGAAAUAUAACAGUUAUCCUAUAGAUGGCCCAGCUCCUGAGCCACUGUCAAACUAUCUUGAUGCUCAAUACUAUGGACCAAUUACCAUUGGUACCCCUCCUCAGAGUUUCAAUGUUGUGUUUGAUACUGGGUCAUCAAACCUGUGGGUACCAUCUAAGAAGUGUAAACUCUCAGACAUUGCCUGUUUACUUCACCAGAAAUAUGACAGCACCAAAUCUUCAACAUACAAGGCUAAUGGAACAAAAUUUGAGAUCAGAUAUGGAUCUGGAUCUCUUUCAGGUUUCCUAAGCACAGACACUGUUACAAUUGGAUCUUUGAAAAUCACUGAUCAGACAUUUGCAGAAGCCACCCAGCAGCCUGGUAUAACAUUUGUUGCUGCUAAAUUUGAUGGUAUUCUUGGUAUGGGAUUUAAAACAAUCUCUGUUGAUGGUGUUACACCAGUAUUUGAUACAGCUGUUGAAGAGCAUUUGGUUCCAAAGGCAGUUUUCUCAUUCUGGUUGGACAGAAACCCGCAAGCUGAAAGUGGUGGUGAGCUGAUCUUUGGAGGCAGUGACCCAAAAUAUUACACUGGUAAUUUCACAUAUGUACCUGUCACUAGACAAGGAUACUGGCAAUUCAAAAUGGACGGCAUCACUGUUGGCUCUAGCACUUAUUGUGAUGGUGGAUGUCAGGCUAUUGCUGACACUGGUACUUCACUUCUUGCUGGACCCACUGAGGAAAUUGCAAAACUUAACAAACAGAUUGGUGCUACACCCAUUGUCGGAGGAGAGUAUAUAGUUGACUGUGGCAGCAUAGACAGCCUUCCCCCAGUUGUGUUUACACUUGCUGGAAAGGAAUUCACUCUUACAGGAGCAGAAUACGUCCUAAAGGUCAGUGAGAUGGGACAGGAAAUUUGCAUAGUCGGAUUUAUUGGUCUUGAUGUACCCAAGCCUCUAGGUCCGUUAUGGAUUCUUGGAGAUGUUUUCAUCGGCAAGUACUACACAGAAUUUGACGAAGAAAAUAGCCGUGUGGGGUUUGCUACCGCUGUACAGAAUACAACACAGUCCGGAAAAGAAAUGCCAAUGUACAGGUUACAGCCGGCUAAAACUGUCCGGGCGGACAAGAAAAUUUCUGUGAUAAUGAAUUAAAGACUUUUUCAAAAUCUAUGGAUAGCUUGAGCAGUGCCUGGCUUGUGUUAAUUUGACUAACUGUUAUCUCUUCCCUCAGAUUAUAUUAAUUUGGAAAGCAGUAAAUUUACUAGGUGUUUUGUUAUUCAAUUUCCUUCAAAAAUGACUGCAGGUAUGAUAUUUGUAAGAUAAAGUUGCAUCAUAUUAGAAAUUAUCAUAAGCUUUUAACAGAUAUAAAAUUUUUAUUUAAGUUAUAGGAAUUGGAAAAAUAAUUGCAAAUUUUUUAAUCAGACUGAUUUAUAUAAACAUCACAGUACUGGAAAAGGAAACGUUUGUGCUAUAUAGCAAGAAAAGUGCUCAUUUUCAAAGAUCUGUUUCUUUAGAAUAACAGUUUAACCGCAUAUAUAAUUUGCCAUACAGUUAUAGUUUUUGUUGUGUCAUCAUGUAUGAAAUAUCACAUAAUUCUACCGAAUAUGAAAUAAUAUUUUUUUGAUGGUUUGAAUUUUCUUGUUAUGGGUGCAUAUGAUUUUAGGAAUAUUCAUCUGUGUUCUAUUUCAUUUUUCUUUACUUUAAAAAGAAUCUCGGUUGUUUUAUUUGAAGAUCUUUUAAAAUAGUGAAAGUGGACUUCUUUGCUCUGCUUAAUUUGUAUUUUACAAAUAGAAUUGUUAAGAGUUUCUUCCUAUUUUUUUCUUGUAUGGAGAUUUGCAUCGCACUUGCUCAAUGAAAUUGUGCUUAGAUAUAUAUUUUUUUCCUGGCACUUAUUUUUCUUUGUACAUAUUGCAGUAUAAAAUUCAAGUCAGCAAUUUCUUGUAUAUUAAAGUUGUUGUACCUAUCGUUUUUAAUAUUUAUGAAUGUCAAAUGGAUAAAAUUAUUGCAUAGCUUUAUUUGAUUGAUCUUUGGGAAAAAUAAAAUUACUUCACAGAAAAUGUAACAUAUGGGAAAUACUAAACUAUAUUUAUGGUACAAUGGAUAACAGUAAAACUUGUCUUUAAAGACCAGUCUUAUGUAAUAAAAUUGUGAUCCUUGUUGACAUUAGUAGUCUGUCCAAACAGAAAUUUUAUUUAAACACACUGGCUGAACAUAAAAGAUAGGUGAAGAUUUUAUUUUUAUUGUUAUAUUUUUAGUAUAAUGGAAAGAAAUUAUGUCUGACACAGGUUUGACUGUAAUGAAGAAAAAUCUAAUACCAAGAAAUUUUUUUGAAAAUGGUUGUACUAACUAGAAUUUCUUUAUUCUGUACACCAUCAUUCCAUUUGUAUCUGUGUUAUUUUUCUUGUUGUUGAUAUUAUAAUAAAUGUUUUUGUCCUUGUUGCCUGGCAACACUAUAUAUGCUUUCGUCCAUUUUUAUCACAGUGAAUCAACAAAAUGUUUGGAUUUUGGUACAAUAUUGUUGUUGUUCACUGACUUAAGACUAAGGACUUGUGGAGAAAAUUAAAUACUAUAUAACUUUAUUUCUACAUAUCUAUGAUUAUUUUGUUGUAUAUUUUUGUCUUUUGCAAAAAGAUCUUAUUUACUUAGUGUCAUUAUUUUAGUGACCACAAUAGUCUGUGCCUUUCUUACUAGUUUUGGUUCUCCUUUUUGUAAUUCAAAUAUUAGAUAGCUAUUUGGCAUUUUUUUUAUGAAACAUCAUGCUUAUUUUUUGCACAGAUAGACUAGUUUUCAUUUGUAAAAAAUGACAUAAUUUUCUUCUGUGUUUACCUAUAGAAUGUGUAAUAUGUUGUCAGAUAUUACAUGUAAUUUAAGUUAAA